ACGAUCUAGUUAACGAUAGCAGCGACAGUCAUUCCGAGUCUAACGAAGCAGACGUUCCUCUUCCAUUAAUUAAAAUAAUUUUUCACUGAAAAUGUCGACUUUGAUUCGAAAAAUCAUCUCAAGUGCAGCAGGACCAAAACCGGUCGCCGCUUACAAUCAAGCGGUUGUGGUCGAUCGUACGGUUUAUUGCUCCGGAUGCUUGGGUAUGGAUGAGAACAUGAAACUCGUGGAUGGCGGAGCAGCUGCUCAAACAAAGAAGGCACUUGAGAACUUGAAAAACAUCUUGGAGGCAGCGGAUUCCGGACUUGAUCGUGUCGUGAAGGCAACAAUUCUUUUGAGCAACAUGGACGACUACAAAGCUGUCAAUGAGGAAUAUGCGAAAGUAUUCACGGAAGGCUAUCCAGCAAGAACUUGUUAUGCCGUAUCGAAGUUGCCAUUGGGAGCUGCGGUCGAAAUUGAAGCUAUUAGCAUCACAGGAAGCGUCAAGACUGAAACUGACAAACCGAAAUUGUAAAUUUUGUGGGUAUUUCGAGGCAUUUUGAAGUCCCAGCCAAUAAAUUUCGUUUUAAUUUUAA